AGGAACGAGUAGAUUUUACCAUAAAUAAUGGAUCCUCUUCCAAAAAUUAACAAGUCCCUGGAUCAAACUUUACAUUCCUCUUCGUUUACGGAUCUGGACAGCCCCACAACUCUGAUGUCCGAAGAUGCUCGUCCUGUGCUCCCGGAGUCUCCACCGCCCAAAACGGUCACACCCCCAAGUACCACAUCACCUGGAGUAAAUCAAGGGAAAAUGGGGGAAAGUAAGAUUUUGUCAGAAUCGGGAUGCGAAGAGGCUUGUCCUUUUGACAUGAUUUGUGAGUUAUUGCAGUACGUGAUACAAAAAAAGUAUGAUGAAGCCAAUGCGUUAUGCAAAAAGAUUUUGAUCUACGAACCAGAAAAUCAGAUUGUUCAGGAAUUUCAACGGUUGACUUUUAAGGAAGAAGUGUCCGCAACAGAUGAAGAAUCUUCCUCCUCCGAAGAUGAAGAUGACAAUGUAACAUCUUCUUCUUCAGACGACGGUGAGGACGCCAGGGAUUCCACUUACUCUACUGGAGAGGAGGAGGAGGACGAGGGGGAGGAUGACGUCCCUGGAAGCAGUGGGGGUGACAAUAAUGUGGCUGCCCUUGAAGAAACAGGAGCCGAGAUUGACGCUCUAACCGACGCCUAUAUGAAAUCUCUCAUGGAAAAAUUUACCCACGGCGGUGGCGAUGGUAAGGUGGACGACACGCUAAGUCGGUUCUUCUCAAUUUCCAACGAGGAUUCCGACGAGGAAAGUUCCACCAGUUCCAGCAGCACGCUCAGCAGCAGCAGCAGUAACAGCUCUUCGGAAGAAAGUGGAGAAAGCACGACAGAUUCAGAAGAUGAGUCAGAGUCGUCGAGUGAAGAGCGAGAAAGCGAAGAUCACGACAGUGGAAUCAGCAACAAGGGAUUUUCCUCUUCCUAGAUUUCGCAUGCGAUUUUUUAAUACGCGGAAAAGAUUUAUUUGCAGAUAAUUAUGUAUCUAAAUAAAUAUGAAUAGUAGUAAAUUUUGGGUAAAUCAUUUACAAUCGUGCUGCACUAUUUACAAUGUAUAUUUCUGAACUGUAAAUAAACACAAAAAAUUAUGAAGUAAAUUUUAUUUUUUUCUGAACAGGGCUUGAAUAUAAAUUACAUGUCGUGAAUUUAUUUUUAAAAUUCAAAUUUUUAUUUAUGUAAGAUUUGAACGUCGAUUAACAUAAUUUGUAGAAAGUUGAGAACUAUAAUAAGUCAAAGGUUUAGUUCUUCCGAAUUAAAUAAGGUAAGCUAGGAGGAUUUCUAAAUAAACGAAAUUUUGGUGAUACCGUAAUUUAAUUUAUUUUAUUUUAAGGAUAAAAUUCCUUCCCAAUCUUAAAAUAGUUCACACAAUUUAUUUAUAAAACUCAUUACUUAUUCAAUAUUUACAUGAAUUUCUUCCAACCUUAAUAUUAUUCUCAAUAAACGAAACCUGCUUUACAACGCCUCCUCGAAGCCGUGGUUUCAUAAUUAAAUUCCUUACCACUCAGAACUUGACCUUAAGAAGAUUAAACCUUGGAGAACCUUUCGGAUUCAUUUCCGGAACAUUCGCUCGUUACGUUGAUGAUUAAAUUCACUUCAAUUAUCCGCACAUCACGAGCCAUGAACCCUGUCAUUGCACGUCUUGGGCAUGAUCCCCCCUUGCACGUUCACUGAAUGGGAUAGAGCUGUGUACGUGAUUAGUUCAAAAAUCCUGAUUAAAUGCGUCAUUCGAUGUGAUAACGCCCACGCCGGAAGCAGCGUCUAUUCCAUUGAGUCCCUUUUCAUUUGAUUUCGCAUUAUGAGGGUUUAUCAUUAUGAUGAUAAGAUUUCAAUUCUGGUAACGCGAUGCAUUCUUCUGCAUUCUUCUGGGAAAGAAGACUUUCAUGUGCCUGCUUCUGCAGAAUUCUCAAUAGAAAGUCUUCAUAACUUUAUCUGAUUAGCAUAAGAGCAUAAAAGAUGGGAAUAAUACUCAUGAAUUUAAUUGGUUCGUCCCACGUUUUUUUGGUACAAAAUCAGAUCCAAUUUCCGUCCCAAUUUUACACAUGAGCAUCAUAUUAUCUAGAUAUACGUGCACUCUAAGAAAUUUUAUCACCGGAUUAUCACCGACCGGUGAGUAUAUGUGACUUUACCGGAUGGUGAUAAUAUUUCCCUUCUCGGUUACAGCGGAAUCACCACGUGAAAACACCCACCACUCGCUCGGUAAUAGUAUAUCACAAUUCUACUACCGAAAUUGUAACAACCCGAUCACCGGUGUAGUCACCUUUAUCACCUAUUUUUUAGAGUGUACUACUAUACCCAUUCAACUAACGUGUAAUUGAGUCUGCCUAAAAUCUGCUCAGCUUUCCGAAAAGAAUGUAUGUCGCCAUCCAUGUCACUUUUUAAUUAAAUCCUGCAAAAUGAAUGAAAUGAAUUGAACCAUUAUUUCCUAAAAGAUACGCGGACGG